GAGGACGUGGCUUGUGUGUKUUCUCCUUCGGAGAAGUGACGUGUGUCUGCGGCUGGUCUGGUGACGUGUCUCUUCGGCUCGGUCUCUCUUUCCUCUCCGAGUGGCUGAUGGAGCCACACUGACUCCACUGAACACUCGAAACUGGUAGCAGCUACGCGGCAGGAGUCGAGCCGAGGACRCCAUGGGGAUUAAGUUUUUGGAAGUCAUCAAGCCUUUCUGUGCAGUCCUGCCAGAGAUUCAGAAACCAGAAAGAAAGAUUCAAUUCAGAGAAAAAGUACUAUGGACUGCCAUCACACUAUUCAUCUUUCUGGUGUGCUGCCAGAUCCCGCUCUUUGGCAUCAUGUCGUCAGAUUCAGCAGAUCCUUUCUACUGGAUGAGAGUAAUCUUGGCUUCUAACAGAGGUACUCUGAUGGAGCUCGGUAUCUCACCCAUCGUCACCUCAGGUCUCAUCAUGCAGCUGCUGGCUGGUGCAAAGAUCAUCGAGGUGGGAGACACUCCCAAGGACAGAGCUCUCUUCAACGGAGCUCAGAAAUUGUUUGGAAUGAUCAUCACCAUCGGACAGGCCAUCGUGUACGUUAUGACUGGCAUGUAUGGAGAUCCUUCAGAGAUGGGUGCUGGUAUCUGCUUACUCAUCAUCAUUCAGCUGUUUGUGGCAGGUCUGAUAGUCUUGCUUCUGGACGAGCUGCUUCAGAAGGGCUACGGUCUGGGUUCUGGGAUCUCUCUCUUCAUUGCGACAAAUAUCUGCGAGACGAUUGUCUGGAAAGCCUUCAGUCCCACCACCGUCAACACAGGCAGAGGUACUGAGUUCGAGGGAGCCAUCAUCGCUCUCUUCCAUCUGCUGGCCACCCGCACAGACAAGGUGCGCGCCCUGAGAGAGGCUUUCUACAGGCAAAACCUGCCCAACCUCAUGAACCUCAUCGCCACCAUCUUUGUGUUCGCCGUGGUCAUAUACUUCCAGGGCUUCAGAGUGGACCUGCCCAUCAAGUCGGCUCGCUACCGUGGUCAGUACAACACGUACCCCAUCAAACUGUUCUACACCUCCAACAUACCCAUCAUCCUGCAGUCUGCCUUGGUCUCCAACCUGUACGUCAUUUCGCAAAUGUUGUCAACACGCUUCAGCGGCAACUUCCUGGUCAACCUCCUGGGAACCUGGUCUGACACAUCGAGYGGAGGACCGGCUCGAGCCUACCCAGUGGGCGGUCUCUGCUACUACCUUUCUCCCCCGGAGUCGUUCGGUUCCGUCUUAGACGACCCGGUCCACGCUGUCAUCUACAUCGUCUUCAUGCUCGGCUCUUGUGCCUUCUUCUCCAAGACCUGGAUUGAGGUCUCAGGCUCGUCAGCCAAAGACGUGGCGAAGCAGCUGAAGGAGCAGCAGAUGGUAAUGAGAGGACACAGAGAGACCUCCAUGGUGCAUGAACUGAACAGGUACAUCCCCACAGCUGCUGCCUUCGGCGGGCUCUGUAUAGGAGGGCUGUCGGUCAUGGCAGACUUCCUGGGUGCCAUCGGAUCGGGUACAGGAAUCCUCUUGGCUGUGACCAUCAUUUACCAGUACUUUGAGAUCUUUGUGAAGGAGCAAAGUGAAGUCGGCAGUAUGGGAGCGCUUCUCUUCUAAAAGCAAAACAAAAAAAACACCAAUUCUCUGACCCACAUCAGACACAAAGAGUCCACUUUUCUGUUAUUUKUUUAUUUUGCUGUUUGUUCGAUCUGAAUUUAGCAGCAGGGGUAAGUCUUUUUUACCCCUCUGGUUUUGUUCCACACCGUACUGCUCUCGUUUGAUAAAACGGCUGAGCGUAGUAACGAGUGUGUUCAGUUCUUUUAUUUCAGUAGUGGUUCCCCAUGUCCCCGCUGGCUGCCUGAACCCCCUCUGACUGUCUUAUCAGCCAAAAGAAUAAAUAAAUAAAUAAAAGCACACACUCACGAGGGGUCCGCUUCGACUUACCUCAGGCUUUUUUUCUUUGUAGACCAUUUAAGGAACACUAAGAGCGACAUGUCUUCAGCUGAAAGCAUUGUGCCUGAAUAUUUCGGGGGCGUUGAUAGAAAGCCAUAUCAUGUUCAUCACCUGUCAAUGCCUGAGGUGUCUAAGGUCCUAAAGCAGGCUGUCAAAAGCGUUGUGUUGACAUGCUGGUUCUCCUGAUAAAGCUUCUGGUAAUCUCAGAUAAAACUAUCAGUGAUGCUCA